AUGGGCGUGCAGGGCCUGCUCACCCAGGUCCGCUCCUGCGUCCAGCGCGUGAGCCUCUCCGACUUCAGCGAGCGCACGCUUGCCGUCGACGCGUCGGGGUGGCUACACCGCGGCGCGCUCGUCUGUGCGCACGAACUGCUGCUUGGCGAGCCUACCGACCAGUACCUUGCCUACCCGCUCCGAAUGAUCGACCUGUUCGAGCGGCACGGCGUCACGCCGCUCCUCGUCUUUGACGGCGCCUCGCUCCCGGCCAAGGCGGCCGUGCAUCGCGCUCGCUCUGGCGUGCGAGCCGCCGCGCGGGCGCGCGCGGCGGCCGCCGCCAUCGAGGCGGAUGCAGAGGCUGCGCGGCGCAAGACGGUAGUUGUGACCGCCGAGAUGGCGCGCACGCUCAUCGAGGUGCUGCGGGCCCGCGGCCACGCCUUCGUCGUCGCGCCGUACGAGGCGGACGCGCAGUGCGCGUUCCUUGUGCGCGAAGGCCACGCGCACGCGGCCGUGACAGACGACUCGGACCUGGUGGCGUACGGGUGCCCACGCGUGCUCUACAAGCUGCAGGCGAGGGCAGGGGCCUCACCCUCACCCUGCCCCCUACCCCUAAGCCCACGCGUGUGCUAG